AUGGAGAAAAGGAAGAGCAAUGGGCCACACGGCGAUAGUGCCAGACCACCUGGAGAGACUGGUUCUCACCCUCAACGAGGCCAAAAGCCAAUUAAUAACGGUGCAGAGUACGGUCUUCUUGGGUCUCCGGCUGGAUUCCCUCACGUUGCGAGCCUACCUGUUCUAGCCUCCAGCUCUGACAUAAAAUGGCGAAACGAAUAUGUUUGCCGGGAAACUCAGGUGGGAGUCAGUUCAAAGCUGCGUAAGUGGGUGGACACAAUGAUGUCUGAAAUGUACAUCUUUUUGGCUAUCGUUCUGCUCAUGGGCUUGAUCAAAAAGAAAUCCCUGAAAGAGUACUGGUCCACUGAUCCUGUUAUGGCAACUCCUUUCUUCUCUACCCUCUUUUCUCUUGAUCGUUUCCUUCUUCUCGUGAGGGCUCUUCAUUUCUCUGAUAACAGCCCCGGUGAGAUCGCGGACACCCUAAGGAAAAUCAGAAAAAUAAUAACUGCCCUCCAAGAAACAUUUACCCGAGUUUUCUGCCCUUUCGAAGAUGUGUGCAUUGAAGAGUCGCUUAUGCUGUGGAAGGGAAGACUCUCAUUCAAGCAGUACAUUCCAUCAAAGCGACAUCACUUCGGCAUCAAAUUGUUCAUCAUCUGCAAUGUGAAGACCGGGUAUAUUUUGAAUUUUAUUAUUUAUACUGGUGGCACUACCGAUAUUGUUCAUGUCUCAGAGCUCGGUGUGUCCAGCUCUGUUGUCCUCAGUCUAAUGAAACCUUACCUGGACAAAGGCAACAUUGUCUACACUGAUAACUGGUAUAACAGCCCAGCGCUAUUUGAGUGUCUGCACAGCUAA